AAGAAAGGGAGUUCUGAACGUCAACAACAACAAUGACAGGUAGCCCAUGAAGUAAAGCUAACUGAACACAGGUUGAAAAAUGAUGAACAAUAAUUUAACGAAAGUCAUUGAAAACGCUAGCAGUGUGAAAAAAGUAUGAAUGAAUCUGGUAGCAUGUUCACGAACUUCAUUUAGACUUGCGUUUUCAAAACAAACCCAUGAAACAGAACUGUUUCCUUUAUUUAUCCUUGAUGUGACAAAUGAAUUUGUUAGCAUCUCGAAGCGCAAUAACUUUGUUUUUGCUUUGAUGCGAAUGGCACCGAAAAAGAAUUGUAGACAGUAGUGAUCGUGAUCCAUCAUAGUAUUACGAGUGAAAGAUAAGUCAAUCAGAUUCGAAGAUUUUAGCUUCCGGCCCUAUGAGGUGCUUCGGGAAAAAAAUGAAUCUUGUAUCAAGUUAAAUGAGACAAUUAUUUUGAAUUGGGCUUUGAAGUCAGGAUAGGAUGGGAUAUGGCACGAAAAGUUUGAGAUGUGAAACUGGACCUGUAUCAAACACUAGAAUGCGAAAUAUCGUACGUUUUAUGGCCUAUAAUGCGAUGCAUGGUAACCUUUCAAAGAGCUCCAGGCUGGGUAUAUCGUGUCAUCACGAGUUAUCACUUUCACGUUACCGACGCGUAACGCUUAGAACGUGUCACGGAACGCACGACGAAGGACGGUGAUUCAAUCCCAGUCUUCCACGUCACGGGUGUCUUUCAAAAUGGCUCCCUCGAGAAGUUGAGGCUCGGUACUGGAAAACAGGAAGUUUCCUUGGUUUUAUUACAUUGAUACUAACUUAUGAUGGAUUUGAUUUUAAAGCCAUGAGUAAUUAUGGAAACAGGUGAGGAUGUUUUGGCAUCGGAAGAAGGUACUCGAGGUGGACCGAGUAAUUGCGAAGGCGGUUUACGUGAAGCUGCCUGUCGGCUGGAUCACCGAACCAGUCGUAGGAAGAAGCUUUCAAGAAAGGUUUCCUUCCCUGAAGAUGCCUUUCUAGUCCGGGCUGUGGACCCAGUUGACCCGUGGGCAAAUGCUGGACAUCACAGCAGCAAAGAAGUAAUAGAUGCUUAUAGAAGUACAUGCAUUAGACUGAAGAUUAAACCUUGUGAAAAGCUCAUUAAACAGCUCGAGGCUUGUGAGAGUUUUGCGGACAGAAUAGAUGUGAUCGACUUGAGAGGUGUUAAAUUAGACCUACGGAACUGUGAGGCUCUGGAGGAGGUGUUCAGAAGAGUGAGAACUAAGACAUUGGAUCUUGAGAACACAGGACUUGAGGAUGAUGGUGCUGUUUCAUUGCUGGAAAUGAUUGAAUACUACAAAUCAACAUGCAACCUUAACAUGGCAUACAACAGCAAGAUAAAGAUCAGAGGAUGGCAGGCUAUUAGUAGAACUUUAAAGAAGACUCCGUGUUUACAAUACUUGGACAUACGGAACACUGUUUGGACAGAACAGGCUCUUCCCCUCCUAGGGCGGACUCUUAGGCUUGACUGCUGUCUCAGUGUGUUACAUAUGGAGGGUUGUAAUCUGUCAGGGAGACCACUGUUUCUGCUGGCCAGUGCAGUAAAGUUUAACCAGAAUCUCAAAGACUUGUUCCUGGGGGACAACAAACUAACGUCACCAGAUGGACAGACAUUAGGUGCAAUGUUGAAGGAAAAUGGAUACCUUCAAUUGCUUGAUUUAAGAAAUAACCCAUUACAGGACAUGGGUAUUGGUCAUCUAUGUGAAGGUCUUGCUGAACAGCCCCAUGGUGGACUACAAACUCUUGUGCUGUGGAAUACCCAACUAACCUGCCAUGGAGCAGUGUUCUUGGUUAAUGCUCUGGUAUGCACCAGGUCUCUUCAAACUCUUAAUCUCGGACAUAAUCGACUGACGAAUGAGGGAAUGCACACGUUGAAGGAAGGUCUUUUGAGGAACCACUCCCUUGAGAGACUUGGACUGUUGAAUACAAGACUCACGAGUGAAGGGAUGAUUGCUCUUGCUGAAGUAAUUGCUGAAAGCAAGACUAUUCUAAGAGUGGACCUCCGUGAUAAUGACCCGUAUGUUGGAGGACUAAUGGCUCUGUCGUUAUCACUGAAGGUCAACGAGUCCCUUGUGCGAAUAGACCUGGAUAAAGACUUGAAAAAGGAGCCGGGCAUGGAACCAACACAGAGGAUUAUUCUCGCCGACAUCUACGGCUACUGCCAGCGAAACAAACUUUUAGCCAAAGAACGAGAAGAAAGAGAAUUGGCCGCUGAGAGCCAGACUGAGGGUGGAGGGGUCAGUGAAUCAGACAAAAUUAUCCACGACGUCAAAGAACACGUGACCGAUGCUUUGUCUCACGUUGAAAACGAGGCUGAAUCUGGCUCGCCGAAGUUGAUUCAGUUGGAGAAUCCUCCGGAUAUUGCGCAAGAGCUGAAGGUAUUAAAAUCGGACUAUCCCGGGCUGUCGCGAUUCACAGUUACGGCCGUAUCAGAUGAGGAACAGCAGCCGAACCAAGACGGCACUUUUAGUGAUGAGGACACUGUUCCCCUUGUGGAUCUGUCAAAUACGAAUUGUUCGGCAAACGAACAAGAUCCGAGUGGUGGAGACGUGACCGUGAACGAUGUGUUGUCUGACAAGGUAUCAGGUGUUUCACUGAGUGACACGGACGCCUCUAACAGCUCAGUCAGUCCACUGUUACAACCAACCGCGCCUCCAUUGAUACCUGCUCCGGUUCAAAGUGAUAACCGAACUUCAGCCCCGUCUCCCUUACCCGGGGGAAAUAAACCAGAACUGGACUUGCUGAGCAGCGUGUCUGUUAAGGAAACAAAUCACAAUCCUCAUCUGAACCAUUCAAUCAACAAUCAAGAUUUCUGGACCGGCCAGAUGGACGGCUUGAUGAUAGGAUCGACAAAUUUACCCUCUCCUCCCUCCUCAGUGUCUCCGAAUAAGGAAUGUGCCACAGUGGACCUUCUCAGUUAGAGGAGAACUGAGCGAAUUUUUUACAGACAGGUUUCCUGGAGAUUUGUUGUUGUACAGGUCGGCAUGGUUCGUUCGUUCGCUGCGGCGAUUUGUCCUACAGUCUGUAUCAAAGUAUUAAUUAUGGGUGAAAAAAUUGGCAUCAUCCCAAAUUCCUUACGAACUUAUCAAAUUUGUUUUUAUAGUAUUGCUACGCGAAAAUAUUUGAAUAAUGCCACAUUUUCUCCGAAGCUCUUUGUAAGAAAUAAUUUUGCAACGUUAGAGAUAGUUAAAAGAAUUCAGAACUAAUUAUAGCCUGUCUUGACUGAAAUGCAUUUGUCUUUGUGGUAAGCGGUUUCGUGACAAUUUCGUUUCUAAGAUACCGAGUCAUGAAGGCGUUGGCAAAGACAGUGGCCUUAGCAGUGCUUGAUGGGAAUUUUAAACAACAGUUGAAUCAUUGUCAGUAUCUGGGUAGUAGCAUCUAGCCUCCCCCCUGUAACCCAACAACAGUCAGCUGAUAACAAGUUAGGUUGACAUUAAGCUGGUGGGGGGGGGGGUAGGUUCGACGUUGCUCAGAUACCGACGUUUUGGUAUGUUUCCCGUUUUAUACGCGGAGGAAAAUAAGAAGAAAAGCGAUCGACUUAAGCUUAAACUAGCUACAGCUAAAGAUUUGCGUCUUAAAAAUGGUAAAACAAUGAAUUAAGAUGUCUUGAUCUUUUCUUGUCAAUGAAAGCAGCCUUAAUCAUUCUGAUUUUCUAUGAACUCUUCCUUGUAACGUCUCAUUUUUCCUUUCCUUCAUGUUAUGUUGCCCAGGAAAUUGUCUGAAGUGAUCUUAGCUUAAGGGGUUUUAAAACGCAGUGUGGAAUUUUUUUUGUUGUAGUGUGAAAUUCUCCAAACUUGUUGUCAAAGAAGUUUAUGGAAUGACUAAAGAGACUUCACAUCUCAAGCUAGAUGCUAAAGCGACUUGAACAGAAAUGAAAAAAAAAAUUUUAUGGAUAAGUACUAAUUAUUAUUAUUACUUAUUUUAGCCUUUAUUAAAAUGAUGUCAAACACUUUUACUACGAUA